AAUCACAUGCCCAAGAUCUGGAAUAACCUAACCCUAUUACUGGUGCACCAAUUCAUCCGAUCUACCAUCUCAGCCAGACGGUCUUGCGCUAUAUCGUUCUCUCCGUUUCCAGCUCCACUGGUCGGACGCCGUUCGUCUAAUAUCAAACCCGAGGUUAGUCGAUUAUUACUGACUGUCUUCUUAUCUCAUCGCAUCUUGUUUUGUUUGUUCGUACAUAUCUUUUUGUUCGCCGCUCCAGGCCUUCUUCCCCUAAAUCCAUUCUUGUUCGCCGCUCCUGGUAUUCGAAUGUACUCCUUUCCUUUUGUUGCUCGAUCCUCUGUAAUCUCCACAGAUGGAAAGUUUCCAUCUGUGCGCUUGUGAGCUUGACCUAUUUAUUUCUCUUGUGCUCUGCGGCUGGACUAGCGACCGAAAAAACAGAAAACCCUCUUCUCCCUUUCGCAGCCCCUCGGUGCAGAAGCUUUGGCCGGACCGAUUGAUGGUUGUUGCCACAUGCCGUAGCGGGAGGUACCCGCAGACCUGCUGCCGGAGCCCAACAGCCGUCCAGAAGUUCUAACACUAUCAGUAGUGCAUAUACCAAGCUCAGAGGGUGUUGUUGAGAAUCUGAAAGUUAAAAUGGGGAAGAAGAAAUCUGAUGAGAUUGGAGCAGUUAAGGGUAAGGGGAGUGGGAAAGAUUCUUCCAAAGAAGUAAAAAAAGAGAAGAUUUCGGUCUCUGCAAUGCUGGCUAGUAUGGAUCAGAAACCAGAUAAGCCCAAGAAAGCUUCUUCUUCUAGAACUUCUAAACAAGCUCCAAAAGUUUCGUCUUACACAGAUGGCAUCGAUCUUCCUCCUUCCGAUGAUGAUGAAGAUGAUAUGGUUGGUGUGGGCCCAGCAGAAGUUGAAGCACUACAUGAUGAUGGUAAGCAUGCUGUCAGGGGGCGUAACAGAAAUGAUGCUGAUAGUUCCCUUGAUGUCUCGAUAACAGACAAAGAUUUAAAGAAGCGGGAAAAGAAAGACAUGCUGGCUGCCCAUGCUGUUGAGCUGGCGAAGCGAGAGGCUCUCAAGGAUGACCAUGACGCCUUCACUGUUGUUAUCGGAAGCCGGACUUCAGUUCUUGACGGUCAAGAUGACGCGGAUGCUAACGUCAAGGACAUCUCGGUAGACGGUUUUUCUGUUUCGGCUCGGGGAAAAGAGCUCUUAAAGAACACAUCCGUGACAAUAUCUCAUGGUAGACGAUACGGACUGGUGGGACCCAAUGGAAAGGGGAAGUCCACCCUAUUAAAGCUGCUUGCUUGGCGAAAGAUUCCUGUUCCGAAAAACAUUGAUGUCCUUUUGGUCGAACAGGAGGUGGUUGGUGAUGACAAAACUGCUCUUGAAGCAGUCGUUUCAGCUAAUGAAGAACUCAUCAAGACCCGCCAAGAGGUUCAGAAUCUAUCCGCUUCUGUAGGUGACAAUGAAGAAGAUGACGAUGUGGCUAAUGACGUGGGAGAGAAACUUGCUGAGUUGUAUGAUAAACUGCAGAUAAUGGGCUCUGAUGCUGCUGAGGCCCAAGCAUCUAAAAUUCUUGCCGGGUUGGGUUUCACAAAGGAAAUGCAGGGACGCCCAACACGGUCGUUUAGUGGUGGGUGGAGGAUGAGAAUCUCACUUGCUCGAGCACUCUUUGUUCAGCCCACCCUAUUGCUUUUGGAUGAACCUACCAACCAUCUUGACCUUCGGGCGGUCCUUUGGCUUGAGGAAUAUUUAUUCAGGUGGAAGAAAACUCUUGUUGUUGUCUCCCAUGACCGUGAUUUUCUCAACACUGUCUGCACCGACAUCAUUCACCUCCAUGACAUGAAGCUCCAUUACUACCGUGGUAACUUUUCUGUUUUUGAAGGUGGGUAUGAUAACAGACGCAAAGAGGCGACAAAAAAGUUUGAGGCAUAUGAGAAGGCGAUGAGGAUUGCAAAGAAAUCCGGGAAUCGUGUACAGCAGGAGAAGGUCAGGGACCGUGCCAAAUUUGCUGCCGUAAAAGAAUCUAAGAAAAAGUCAAAGGUUGAUGAGGAGGAUGAGCCUGUACCUGAGGCCCCACAUAAAUGGAAGGACUAUACUGUAGAGUUUCACUUUCCUGAGCCCACUGAACUCACCCCCCCACUAUUGCAGUUGAUUGAAGUCAGCUUUUCCUAUCCAAACCGACCUGACUUCAGGCUCUGUAAUGUGGAUGUGGGAAUCGAUAUGGGGACCCGGGUUGCCAUUGUGGGUCCGAACGGUGCUGGAAAAUCUACUCUGCUCAAUCUUCUUGCUGGCGACUUGGUCCCAUCUGAGGGUGAGGUCCGGAGGAGUCAGAAAUUGAGAAUCGGACGGUAUUCACAACAUUUUGUUGAUUUGUUAACGAUGGAUGAAACACCGGUGCAGUACCUUCUCCGUCUGCAUCCGGACCAAACAGGUCCCAGCAAGCAAGAGGCAGUCCGUGCGAAGCUCGGGAAGUUUGGUCUCCCGAGCCACAACCACCUGACACCCAUUGCCAAGCUAUCCGGAGGACAGAAGUCACGGGUCGUCUUCACCUCAAUCUCCAUGUCGAAACCACACAUCCUGCUGUUGGAUGAACCUACAAACCAUCUGGACAUGCAAAGCAUUGAUGCGCUGGCGGUUGCGCUUGAUGAGUUCACUGGUGGGGUCGUGCUGGUGAGUCAUGACUCAAGGCUGAUAUCGCGUGUCUGUGAGGAUGAGGAAGUGAGUGAGAUUUGGGUGGUAGAGGAUGGAACCGUGACUCCAUUCCAAGGAACCUUUAGUGAGUACAAGGAAGAUCUACAAAGGGAAAUCCGAGCCGAGGUUGAUGAGUGAUAAUAAUGAAUCCUUUCUCUCCUCCCCCCUCAUGAUAGUUGUUGCUCUUAUUAUUAUUAUUAUUAGUAUUAUUAGUAUUAUUAUUAUUAUUAUUAUUAUUAUUAUUAUUAUUCUGGUGAGUAAUCAUUUUUGUGUUGCGAAUAUACAAAACAUAUAUGAACUUUACUAGGCUGCACUUUGUAAAACACUGCAGUUUGCAUGCUGAUGAUUUAUAAAGGUUUUCUGAAGUUUGUCAUU